AGAGAUUGAGUGGAGCUGCUGGCCGCCGUACCGGAGCCGCCAUGGGAGUGGAAGGCUGCACCAAGUGCAUCAAAUACCUUCUCUUCGUUUUCAACUUCAUCUUCUGGCUUGCUGGAGGCAUCAUCCUGGGAGUGGCCCUGUGGCUCCGGCAUGACUCGCAGACGACGAAUAUCCUCUACCUGCAGCUGGGUGACAAGCAGGCCCCCAACACCUUCUACGUGGGAAUCUACAUCCUGAUCGCGGUUGGAGCUGUCAUGAUGUUCGUGGGGUUCCUGGGAUGCUAUGGUGCCAUUCAGGAGUCUCAGUGCCUUCUGGGAACGUUCUUCACUUGCCUGGUGAUCCUCUUUGCCUGCGAAGUUGCAGCUGGAAUUUGGGGAUUCGUCAACAAAGACCAAAUAGCCAAAGAUGUGAAGCAGUUCUACGAUCAAGCGUUUCAACAGGCGCUCAUGGCGGAGUCGGAUACCAACAACGGCAAAGCUGUCGUGAAGACCUUUCAUGAAACGCUGGACUGCUGUGGUCCUGAUAAUGCGAUAGGAACUAUCACUCCCCUGUGGAGAGAAGACCUCUGCCCAAGGAAGGACUCCAUUCUGAAGAGCCUUAUUGAGACCCCCAACUGCCACAGAAAAAUUGAUGAGCUGUUCUCUGGGAAGCUCUACCUGAUUGGUAUCGCUGCCAUCGUGGUUGCUGUGAUCAUGAUUUUUGAAAUGAUCCUGAGCAUGGUGCUGUGCUGUGGCAUAAGGAACAGCUCCGUCUACUGAGCCGUGAGAGCCAGGGAGGGGAAGGGGGGAGCAGGGCAGAUGGCGCUAGAGGGGACCCCAAGUGCCACCAAGUGACCAGGAGACAUUUCAACAAAAGACAAAGAAAACUAUGUAUAUAAAUACUUCCAAUAUUACCAUACAGUACUUAUCAUUUUUAUUGCAAAGGAUUUUUUUUUUGUAAUAAAUAAAACUUUCCCAUACCCUUGUGGCUGAGUUAGUUACACAUCAGUUGUGUGUGAUGGGGAAAGCUGCUGUAGCAGGAGAUCAAGUCCUUCCUCCCCCUUCCCCACCUCCCUGUAACUCAAAGUCAAGCUGGUGGUAGAUCUAGAGAGGAGAAGGGCUGCAGCCUGUUAGCAGAAGUCUUUGCCUUGGUUUUUACUUGUUUUUUCAACACUGACUGUUUUUUGUUGGGUUUUUUUAUAUAUAUAUGUAAUCAGAUGCUGAAGCAGGAUUUAGCAUUUCUGUUUGCUUGUGCUCCUCUUUUUCCUACCAUCACCCCAACUCCCUGGCGUUGCCCAGCUGUCUGUAGGGAAGCCUGGGAGAGGAGAGGGAACAGCCCCCAUUACCUGGGUGUGAUGUAUCCGGGGGUCACAGGCACCUUGUUCCUCUCCAACCUGUUUGCAUCGCUAGGUCAAUCCUGAACACAAAACCAUGCUUCCAUUUUUUGGCUCUCUGAAGAGUGGUGAUGUUUUUUGGCUUUUUCUUUUU